AUGUCGACCGCCCAAGACCACAGUUCGCAUUGGAAUUCUCACAAUAGUGGCUCCCAGAUUGCGAACAACUCAGGCACCGUCAACAACAAUUUCAAUCAAGGCAGCGACUCGAACAAAGCGCUUGCUCACCUCUUCAUCACUGAUCCGGAUGUUGACAGACACAACCUGCUGGCCGAGAAGGGAUGUCGUGUGCCUGGCACGUGUGAUUGGUUGCUUCAGGAUCCGGACUACCUGGCAUGGAUCAACUCCGAUUCCAGCUCGCUAUGGCUUUCGGGUGGACCAGGAAAGGGGAAAACAAUGCUCGCUCUACGCGUCAUCGACGCUCUUCUUACCAAGACAAGGGACCUUCAACAGGACUGCACAGUGCUCUACUUUUUCUGUAGUGAGCAGGAUUCGUCCCGGAACAACGCGAUAGCCAUCGUGCGAGGCUUGCUUUGGCAGUUUAUCAAAAGGAGGCAGCACUUGGAGGCACACUGCUUACCUUAUCUUCGAAAAGAAAACUACCAGCAGACAAUCGUGUCCUUCGGUUCUCUCUGGAGCAUUUUUGUCAACAUGCUGGAGGACAAGAACUCAGGCGACGUUUACUGCAUCAUAGACGGCAUCGAUGAGUGUGACCCAGCGUCACAACCGUUACUACUCCGUGGUCUAUUCGAGACGUUUCCCGCCGAAGGUUCACCCAGGUCUCAACCAUUCAAGCUCUUCGGGGUCAGCCGCGAGGCUGGUGGAAUACACUUUCUGCCCAACCAUCACAUUCGACUAGAACCCACCCAUGGCCCCACCGUAAAUAGAGACGUCGAUGCCUUCAUCAGUGACAAGCUUAAAAAAUUUCGGGAUACGAUCGAGGACUUCCACGUGAUCGAAGAAAAGGUCCGACAGACCUUGGUGGAGAAUGCUCAGGAAGCGAUGUACAGCAAAAUGCUGGAUGGAGUCAAACCAAAGAGUCGCAAAUCCUUACCCGAGGUUCUGCGCUGGAUGCUGGUCGCUCACCGCCCUCUGACCUUACGAGAACUGACCGCUGCUUUGAGUCGCAAAGAUAAUAGAGGUAUAAGUGCUGAGAGCACUUUGCAUGGACAGCUCAAGCAGUGCCGCGGCUUCUUCCAAUCCAUGCCUGGGAAAUCAGUGAACUACGCACAACGGCCUCUCACUAGCCGACGACAUUGCUUCAUCCGCGAUGAGCCGCUCAAAUCCUUAAUCAUCGUGCUAUACGACAGCAACCAAAGGCUCAAGAAAGAGAAAAUACUAGUUGCGCAGAGAACGACAACGGAAGAUGUGAGAUACGUCCAGUACCAGCCUCGAUCAGUCACCGAGGAUAUAUUUGUCACGUUUCCUCAUCUAUCCAUGCGAAUGUUCUUCAUCAGAGCUGCCAAUAAAGAUGCUCCGAUUCCACAAAGUCUUCGAUUCGAUAAGAGAGAACUUGAGCUGAAGGUUUUCCAGGAAUGUAUCGAGUACUUGGCAGCGCAUGGCAUGGAAGAGAGUUCUACUUGCUUGAAUCUACCCAGAGUGGUUUCCGAACACCCUCUUCUCAACUAUGCAUCGAUGAAUUGGAUGGAUCAUGCCAGGCAUGUGACAGAGUCCGAUUGGGGCAAAGUCUGUGAAUCACACGCGUUUUUCAAGGAGACCGGGCAGUCUUCAGAGAUCAAUCGCGGCACCAAGCUCAGAAUCAACUGGCUUUCAUCGUACCUUCUCGAAUCUGAUGAUGUCAAGUAUGGUACCGAGGUAGCCUAUCCUGUCGGCUUGGUCUUCUACAUUGGGCUGCGCAACUUAUGCCAGAAAGUUCUCAACAAAAUCGACAUCGGUAAGAUGACUCCACUGGUGGAGCCCAUGUUGCGGUUACUCAUUGCACGUGGUAAUUUUGAUUGCCAGGAAGAGUCGGAACUGAUUGGAAACAAAAUCAUGUUCCACCCAUUAGUUCAGGCAGUAGCCGGAAAAUUCUGGAAAGCAGCUGAAUUGCUACUCGAUGCUGGAGCGCAAGUACAACCUCAUUUGGACACUAUGCUGGAGCAUGCCUUUAAAGCCCCUGUUAGCGCCAAAGUUAUCUAUGGACUGCUCAGCCACGUGAACAAUUGGAGCGAUCUCAUGCAGCACCUCUUCGACAUAGCAACCUCAGAGGACCAACAUGCAGACACCAUCUUGCACACAUUGUUCGAGUGGCCACUAGUACAGAAGUCACUCCUAGGACCCGCAACUUCUCACAAAACCCGCGAAAUGCUGAUGCGCUGCACAGCUGAGCAUGGGCUUGAAGCCAGCCUGGACUGGCUCAUCCAAUCUGGAGUCGACUAUAUGGCAAAGAGUGAUGAAGGGAAUUCUGCUUUGAUAGAGGCCAUUGGUUGCGGAAAUCAGGGUAUAGCGAGGAUGCUGCUGCGUCGCGGAGCCACGCUCAGCAAUCUCGAUAAACUUGGAUCUGAUUGUCUAUGCCUCGCGGUAUUUCACAACAAUCGCGAAGGCGCCCAGAUGCUUCUCGACGAAGGAGUCUCUGUUAAUCAGCCCUCAGAGAAAGGUAUCCCGCCUCUUGUCUUUGCUGUAACGAGCGCACCCGUCGACAUUGUGAACUUUUUACUUCAAAAUGGUGCACAGGUCAACCAAGUUGAUUCGAACGGUCAGACUGCACUGCAACGGGCUGCGAUUUGGGGCCGUGCACAAAUUGUCGAGCUCCUUAUCAAUAAAGGUGCCUGGGUCAAUGCAACGGAUCCGGGCGGCAAGACGGCUUUACAUUUUGCAGCUGUUGCACAGCAGCGAACGACGAUGGAGAUACUGAUUAGAAGCGGUGUGAAGGAAAAUAUGCGCGACCUGGAAGGUAAGACUGCCGAUGACCUACUGAAGAAAGCGCAGCGUGAAAGUGAGAAAGAUGCUGCGCCAACGAUCAACUCAUCUGUAAUGGCCGAACCAGUUGGUCUUGCUUUAAGCGCACUUGGCAUUGCAACACUUUUCAACAGCGCUCUUGAAUGCUUCCAAAUCGUUCGCCUUGGCAAGGCUUUUGAGCAGGAUGUCGAGACGUAUCGAAACAGGCUCAAUCUACUUCAGCUCCGUCUCGCACAGUGGGGUGAAGCUGUAGGUCUCGACUGCAUACGCGAGCAGGAACAGCUCCCCUUCCCGGAAGACGAUGUUAAGAAAGCUAAACAUGCCCUCCAGCAGAUCAUCAUACUGUUCGAAGAGGUGGAAAAGAAGUCCGAAACCCAUGGUCGCCGAGUGAGCGAAUCAGAGUUCAGCAACCGCAUGAAGGACAUGUGUAGCAAGAUGCGAGGCCUCUCCAUGAGCCGCAUGAACAAAGCUGCUAAAGCUAACCUACUUACGAAGACCAAAUGGGCGCUCACCGGAAAGAAAGAGUUCGAUCAACUAGUGGGCGCAAUUUCCAACCUCAUCAACGAGCUCAUUGCUGCCUUUCCAGAAGAAGCAGUGACUAAGAAACGGGAGGAGCUGAAUCAAGACGAUGCCAAAGAGCUUCACAAGGACAACCCUAAGGCUCUUGAGGACCUUGGGAACGCGCUGAGCGAGCACGAAUCGCUCCGAGAGGCGCUAGAGAAGGUCAAACCCCACACGACAAACCACAACAUGGCUGAUUUCAGAGGCUCGACAAACGAAGGUUCGCAGGUAGCCCAGAACCUUGGGGAAAUGAAUAUGACUUUCGGAAGUUCUCGCAGAUAG